AUGUCUGACCCCAACAACCCCAACAUCAACAUCAGGACCACUCCCCAGUGGUCGCUGUAUCAACGAGAAUCCUUUUGGAAUACCAACGAUGGGAAAUACCCAAUCUUCAACACCGACCCGGCUGAGAUUGAGAAGCUGGCGAAGGAGAAGCUUUCUCAAGGAGGCUGGUAUUAUUCUGCCUGCAAUGCCGGAAUUUCUUGGAGCCACCUUUCUAACCGCCAGGCUUUCUACCGGCACCGCAUCGUCCCUCGAAUGCUGGUUGACACCAACAUGCGAGAUACUGCAGCCGAAAUCUUUGGCCACCGCGUGUCUGCUCCCAUUGGAUUUGCUCCAAUUGGCAUCAACCGCAUUUACCAUCCCACCGGAGAGCUUUCCGUGGCUAAAGUAGCUCAAGAGCUUAACCUGGCUUACUGCUUGUCCUCUGCUGGAAGCUACAGCAUCGAAGACGUCGCCAAAGCGAAUGGCUCCGGACCUCGAUUCUUCCAGUUAUACCAAAGUCCCGACGAUGAACUCUGCAUCUCCAUGCUCCAGCGGGCCUUUGACUCCGGUUUCGACGCUUGUAUGCUGACAACGGACACCUGGUCCCUCGGCUGGCGCCACAACGACGUCUUCACCGGAAACUACGCCUUCUACCAUGAACACGGAGCUGGCGACCUUGGUCUCCAGGACCCCGUUUUCCAAAAGCGCCUCAAGGAGUCUGGGAUUGACCCAGUGAAGAAUCCAAAGGAGGCGGGCGCAAAGUGGAUUGAUGAGAAUAUCUGGCACGGCCGCGCCAUCACCUGGGAGAAGAUGAAGUGGACUAUGGAGCAGUGGAAGAGGAUUAGCGGAGGAAGGCCAUUUUGUCUCAAGGGCAUCCAGAGUGUGGAAGAUGCGAAGAAAGCGGUUGAACUGGGUGUGGAUGGAAUUGUUGUUUCGAACCACGCUGGAAGACAGGUUGACGGAGGCAUCUCCAGUCUUGAUGCUCUUGAGAAGAUCGUCGACGCUGUUGGAGACAAGAUCUAUAUCAUGUUCGAUUCUGGAGUGCGCACCGCUGCCGACGCCUUCAAGGCCCUUGCCCUCGGAGCAAAGUUCGUAUUCAUCGGCCGUCUCUGGGUCUGGGGUCUCGGAAUCGCCGGAGAGCACGGCGUGCGACAUGUCUUGAAGAGCUUGUUGGCGGAAUUUGAUAUUUUGAUGGAAGUUGGCGGAUUUGUCAAGAUUGGAGACAUUGACCGCAGCUGCAUCGAUUCUCUGCCCAACUCUUCAAACUUGAUUGCCGAGCACUCGGGAAUCUAA